AUUAUGUGCUAAGUGGUCAAUUAGAGUCACAAAAUGGUGAUACCCAGCCCGUUCGUCUAUUGGGCGCAAACAGAGAAAGAGGUUUCCUUAAAGAUCGACUUGAAAAAUGUUGUAAAACCCGAUGUGAAUGUUUUGGAAAGCAAGAUUAAGUUCUCCGCCGACGGCAUAGGUGCUCAUGGCAAAACACUUUACGAGUUUAGUUUAGACUUGUUCUCUCCCAUAAAAUCGAUUGAAUCUGACAGCGAGUACCCAACGACGGUGCGCAUAUUCGACAACCGCGUGGAAGUGAUUCUGGUGAAGGAGAAACCAUCAUGGUGGCCCCGUCUGACAGCACAACCACAAAAGCCGGCUUGGGUGAAGAUAAACUUCGACCUUUGGACCACAGAGGAUGGAUUGGACAGUGAGGAAGAGACCCGGGACGUCAUGAAGGACUACCCCGGGAUGUAUGAUAAGCUGCAAAAAGAGGAAUUUGGCUAUAGGAAAGAAGACUACAAGAAAGUUUACCUCAUCCUCUACAACCUGUUCCAAUUCGUGGGCUUCUCCUACGUACUAGCGGUCAUGACGGUCCGCUACAUGAAGCUAGAGGGACUCUCAAUCGCCGACACUUACGAGCAUGUGGGGCCCGCCAUGAAGUUCCUACAACUCAUGCAGUACCUAGAAGUCAUGCAUCCCAUGUUCGGAUAUACUAAGGGAGGCGUUUUAGUCCCCUUCCUCCAAGUGAGUGGCCGCGCCAUGGUCCUGUUCGCCAUGAUCGAAGCAGAGCCUCGCAUGCAGACGAAACCCGUCGUUUUCUACCUGUUCAUAGUAUGGAGUCUUAUAGAGGUUGUCAGGUAUCCAUACUACAUCACCCAACUCUACAAAAAAGAGAUAUACAUCCUCACCUGGCUCCGAUACACCAUGUGGAUCCCUCUCUACCCCAUAGGGGUCGUUUGCGAAGCCAUUGUGCUCAUCAGAAACAUACCUUACUUCGAGGAAACUCAAAAAUUCACCAUAUCUUUACCCAACGCUUGGAACUUUGCUUUCCAUAUGCCAACUGCCUUAAGAGUAUAUUUGUUACUGCUCAUGUGUCCUGGCUUAUACUUCGUUAUGAGCCAUAUGCAUAAGCUAAGAACCGUCAAGCUGAAACCUAAAGUAGUUAUUAAGAAGACUAAAUAGUAUAACGCCUUAGGUAAGGCCGCGUCAGAUUUGGUGAAAUUGUGCACUGUACUUUGGAUAGCACAUAUUACAGGUAUGGACUUUGUCUUUACUAAAAUAACGGCGGCAUUUUAUCGUGAUGUUUGUCAAAUUUUGGGUGUUGAUGAUAAAUGCAAUUUAAGUAAGUAAAAUUA